GAUUGAUAAAUAGGUUAUUUUAUUUCCCAGAACAAAAUUUGGAUUCUUUUUUGAUCGACUUAUUUAUUUUCAAAAUAAGUUUAAUGAUUGCCUAAUGAUGCUCUUAUCUACCUGUUUGUCAUACGCUCUUCUACUCUAUCUCUUAUUAUACAUAUGUGUGUAUAUAAAUCUACUUCGAGAGAGAGAGAGAGAGAGAGGUCGAAUAGUAGUUGGUAUCCCAUUCUGAUUGGUUAACUAAGUCUACCAAUCAUAUUUUAGAGUAGCCUAUUUUUGCUUACCUAAAACAAAAGACAAUAAGUUUAGUUUUAGUUGUCCUUUAUUAUUAAUAAUAUUAUGAUUACUAUUAUUAGUACUGUUGUUAUCACCUAUUCCACAUCAGUAAAUGAAAUCAUCCAUUCAGUUGUUCGUUAUAAGAGACUUUAUUCAUGGGAUUAUGAUCUAUCACCGUGAUACAUGUACGGUGAUAUGUGUGCAUGCAUGUAGGUGAUCUUCAAAUUCUCCAAUACAUACAAGCAACAUUAUUGUUUUUAGUGAUUGUCUAUUCAGUGCUAAAAAUCUAUUUUUUCUCAUAUAUAUUGUCAAAAUGAAACUGCUUAUCAGAAUACCUAUGGAAUUAAUUACUUAACAGUAAAAAGAAGCGAUGUCUAACUAUCCUGUUUAUCAUCCGAUACUGCCUAAUCAAUCAGAAUGGGAUCCCGCUAGUGAAGUGGAACGUAUAAUGUGUGGAAUUAGCCAACAAGAGUACCCUGUGAUUACGAGUGGAUCACAUACACUACCUCGUCAUUAUCAAUUACGUGAAGCAAAUCCAAUCACAUUUAGAUAUCGUGCUAUGAAUGGAGGUGAGUGUAGUACAAUAAACAGAUAUGAUAAAAACAUUCAACAUGCUAAUAAAAUGUAUCCAUGGGGAUCUCCAACAACAAGUGUCAGACAAUUUACAACAACAUUUCAUCCAUCUUACCAAACGUCUGUAGGUUAUGAUCCAUCUGCAUUAUUUUCAUCGUCACCUUCGUCAGUUCGCUCUGAUGAACAACUGUAUUAUAGACAACAACGAUUAGUAAAGCCUGUAAAUCAAUCAAGGUACGUAUUGAGUACCAACAAAACAUUUUCUACUGCUAUCACUACUAAUAGUACUACUACUACUACUACUACCACUGUUGCUUAUCCACAUAAUAGGAAUACAAUGAACAAUCAUAUUAUGUAUAAUACAUUGCAACUAACUGGACGUGUUAACCAACUCCCUGUUCAACAAACACCAAUAAAUCAUCUAAAUAAUACAACACGCCUACAAUAUCCAUCAGCUUUAGUACGAACAAUUGUUAGAAUGGAAUCGUCGGGUUCUCAACAACCACAGCAACAACAACAACAACAGCCAGCUGAUAUACCACCGGCUUUACCAUUAAGAGCUCAACGUUCUACAAAUCAAAAAGUAACAGUACCUACUAAACCACGUCAAUUAAUUCCUAUCCCAUUGGAAGAUCGUGUACAAUUAGAUCCAAAUAUGGUAUUGUAUAAACCUAAUGCUGGAAUUAAUAAUCAAAAUAAUUUUGACGAUAACCUAUCACAAUCAAUCUCAGUUCAAUUAAAUCAUAAAAGAAAUACAUUUGAUCUAGAAAGUCAUUUAGACUGCUCAUGUGAUUAUGUACGAGGUGAAGCUGGCUUGUGGCCAGCUGAUGUAUGGUUUGAACGCAAUUUUCAUACCGUUGAUAAAUGUACGUGCCCACAUGAAGAAGUACAUCGAUUUUUUGAUAAUGCACCUUCAAAAUGGAAAUUAGCCGAUACUAUUGCCAUGCUACCGAUAAGAGAAACUGAUAUUUUAGACGAUUUAAUUGAUAGUACAAGCGAUGAAGACGAGUCAUUUCAUCGUUCACUACCAUCAGUUAUGAUGGAGUCACCAGCAGACACAAUUUCUAAAACAAAAAUCGUAACAACAAACUAUAAUGAUUUAAAUGUGACUUCCACACCAUCACUCAACAUUCCAAUGUCUAGUAAUCUUAAUCAUGUACAGUCAGAUGUGCAGAAAGAUAAAUCAACCUAUAAGACUAGUGUUACAUGUCAUAAUCCUGUUACAAAUAACACUAGUAGUAAUAUUUUUUGCGAUGAAGAUGACUUAGUCCCUCUGGGUGAACUAUUGUCGUCAAAUACAAACUUACUAAGAACAAUUUCAAAUUUGGACAAACCAGAAUUUUCUGUUGGUGAGACCACAGUAAGAUUGACACCUGCAUCGUCAAGAAAACAAAGCUUACUCUGCCUUAAAGAAGACGAAGACGAGAGGAAUACAAGUAUCUCUAGGAGAAACAGUUCUCAAUUUAUGGAACAAAGAGAACAUAUUCCUGGUGUAACGAAAGGGGUUGUUUCAACUGUUGCAAUAUACAGUGUACCUAAUGAUGCGCAUUGUUUAGAUGUUAUCACCACUAAUACUAGUCGACGUAAAUCACCACCUGGAGAAACAUCUUCACAGCUGUGGAAGGCACGGAUCGCUGAACGUGAAGAUAAUAUUCACAAAAACCGUGCAAAAUCAAUAUAUCGUCAGUUUGGAGAUGGCCAUUUGACAGGAAAAAGUUAUAUUAACACAGAAGGCACACACACAGAGGACGUGCUAAUACUAAAUAAUUUAACUGAUCCUGGUCGAAAUGAUAUGGAAAGAAGCAUCCAAGAUAUGAUUGGUGAGGAUAAAACGGAACAACAAAAAGAGGAACGAAAACAGUCUCUUUCUCCUUCUGUGAAUCGAUUUCUGGAACCAGAUGGUUUUGUCCAUACAGAAAAUAAAGAGAAUGCAUUUCAGAUCGAUAAUGUUGCAGAAGCCCUAGAUCGAUUACAUCAGGAUAUGAGAAGUGCGAUAGAAAGUAAAUUAGUAGAUAAUUCAUCAUCGUCUACAAUGAACAAGGAAGGAUCAUUAACAAUUAGCCCUAAAAUGGAAUCGUGCUCAAACCUGUUAGAUAAACAAAACAAGCAUCUAUACACUAAAUAUGACUGGAGAGAUGAGAAUAGGGAACUCAGCCAGAAUAAAGAAAAUCAUUUAAUCCAUGAUAUUGAAUUAAUGGGGGGAGACAACAAUACAGAACAUGAUCAAGAGAUUGAUGUGGAUCAUUACUUCCUCCAGCCUAGAAGGUCCACUUUAAAACUGGAUGACAAUGAUUUAUCAGUGAUACGUUAUCCAGGUUCUCGUAAAUCCACCGGCAAUAAUUAUAUUGGUCAUGUUCCUUCUGAUAAUCGGGAGUUUAAUGACAAAACUCAAAAUAUUAGUGAUAAUGAUGAAGAGAACGAUGUGGGGGUACAUUAUUAUGAAGAUGAUCGUAAUUCGAUGGUGGAGGAAAAUGAGGAACUAAAUCAAAGUAUGGAAUAUAAAUUGAACGAUGAAUUGACCGAUCCUAGUUUAUCACAAAAGUCUGGACAGACUAUAAGGGUCAAUAAAUAUGGAAGAGCUAAGGAACGAUGGAGUCUUCUUCGUACACAUGUUGGAAAGGUUGGCAGGCAGAAAGCAGAAGACAGUGAUUCAACUUCCGCAUUUGGAUUUUAUCGAUCUAUCGAAAGUCAACCUGAGCAACAACCAUGGGCUAAGAAAGCAAUUCCAAUGGUUGGUGAUUUGGUAUUACGAACAAUGGCACAGAAACGUACAUUAACAUCUUUGUCGUCUAAUCUAGCCAGUUGGACACUGACAGACCAAGAAUUGAAAAUGCAUGUUUAUCGUAAAACAUUACAAGCCUUGGCUUAUCCCAUAUCAAGUAACACACCGCAUAAUUUUCAAUUGUUUAGUGCUACAAGUCCUACUUAUUGUUAUGAAUGUGAAGGUUUAUUAUGGGGUGUAGCCAGGCAAGGAUUACGAUGUACUGAAUGUGGUGUCAAAUGUCAUGAUAAAUGUAAACGUUUAUUAAAUGCAGAUUGUUUACAAAGAGCUGCAGAAAAAUCUUUACGUCAUGGUGCUGUAGAUAAAGCUCAAGCUGCAAUGGAAGCAAUACGUGCGCUGAUUCAACGACGUAUAACUGAACGAUCAGAUAUUUUUGAAUUUUUAGCCAAUGUUUUUCAAAUUGAUGUUCAUUCAAUGACACAUUUGAAUGCUUUAGAAUUUGCACAAAAAAGUAUUGUAGCCGGUGCAAGUCAAUGGUCGGCUAAAAUUGCAAUAACCGUGAAAUCUGCUCAGGGAUUAAUUGGUAAAGAUAAAACUGGACGAAGUGAUCCAUAUGUAACAGUACAAGUUGGUAAAGUACGUAAACGUACUAAAACAGUUCUACAAGAAUUGAAUCCAACAUGGGAUGAAAAAUUUCUGUUUGAGUGUGAUAACGCCUUGGAGCGAAUUAAACUUCGUGUUUGGGAUGAAGAUAAUGAUUUAAAGUCGAAAAUCCGACAAAAAUUCACCAGAGAAUCGGAUGAUUUUCUUGGUCAGACAAUUAUUGAAGUAAGAACAUUAAGCGGUGAAAUGGAUGUAUGGUAUAAUCUUGAGAAACGGACAGAUAAAUCAGCAGUAUCUGGAGCUAUUCGUUUACUGAUUUCUGUUGAAAUAAAAGGUGAAGAACAAAUGGCUUCAUUUCAUGUACAGUAUACAGCAUUACACGGUAGUAUAUUUUGUUAUUUAUGUAAAGAAAAUGAGCCAGUUUUUUUACCGGAUCAAACACAUAUCACUCAGGCACAAAAUAAUGGCAAUGAAGCAUGGCGAGUGUAUUUCAAUCCAAUAGGACAGGAAAUCGUCGAUGAAUUUGCUAUACGUUAUGGUAUUGAACCAAUAUUUCAAGCAAUGACGCAUUUUGCAUGUUUAACUGCUAAAUACAACUAUCCUGGAGUACCAGCUCAAUUAUCUGUACUUUUGGCUAAUAUAAAUGCAUUUUACGCACAUACAACAUCAUCAAAUAGUCAGACAGCUAGUGAACGAUUUAGUGCAAGCAAUUUUGGAAGAGAGAAAUUCAUUAAAUUAUUGGACAAUUUAUACAUCGCCAUAAGAAUUGAUCUAUCAAAAUAUCGUACUGUAUUUCCUGCAUCACAACCAGAAAGAUUGAUUGAUUUGAAAUCUACCGUAGAUCUUCUUACAAGUAUCACUUUUUUCCGUCUCAAAGUUCAAGAGCUUAGUUCACCUCCAAGAACAGGUCAAAUAUUACGUGAAUGUAUUGAAGCUUGUAUCCAUGCAACUUAUCAGUGCCUUUGUGAAAAUGUACAUGAUUUAUAUGGGAAAAGUUUACAGGCAACCAAUACAGAAUCUGGAAAUGCUGAAUUUGGAUCUGAUAAUAUGAAUAGUGGUACUGGACAAUCGUUAAUUGGGGAAUUAGAUCAAGUGGAUGGUAUACGAUCGUUGACCUAUUGGCAUCGUCUUAUCACAUUAGUUGUUUCAGUUCUUGAAGAUGAUCGAAAACAUUAUGCACCAGUAUUAAAUCAAUUUCCACAUGAAAUCAAUCUAGGUGAUAUGUCAGCUGAGAUGAUAUGGAAAUGUUUAUCAGAAGAUUUAGCUAAUGGAUUAGUUCAACAUACAAUUACAGCGAAAUAUUAUUUCAAUAAUACUGAAGAGGAUAUAUUGGAUAGUUUAUCAAAAGUGAAUAAAUUAUAUGAUUCAUCUCAAUUAACUGGACAAAAUAAAGUUGUAUUAAAAAGUGGAAUGAAUAAAAUCAAAUCUUCCGAUUAUAUGAAUCUUUGUUUUCGAGUAAAAUGGUUUUAUAAUACUUAUAUAGCAACAUUAACAAGAUUCAAAAAUUCAGUUCCUGAUUAUCCUCGUUGGUUUGAAGGUCUCGUAUUGAUUUGGUUAGCUGAGAAUGAUGAAGUAUCUGCAAAUUAUUUAAGAAAUGCUUAUGAUCGUGACAAACAAGAUGGUUUCCAAUGUUCCAGUGAACAUGUGCUCUAUUCAAAUUCUGUCGUUGAUGUAUUCACUCAACUAAAUCAAUGUUUCGAUGUUAUACGUAAACUUGAAUGUCCAGAUAAACAAGUUGAAGGACACUUUUUCCAUAGAUUCUCACUGACUGUUGAAAAAGUUCUCCUUGCUUAUGCUGAUCGUGUGUUAGCUGAUUUUCCAACAUAUAAAACGGAUCAACGUGUAGCUUGUAUAUUAGUGAAUAAUACACAACAACUUCGUGUUCAACUAGAAAAAGUUUAUGAGAAUAUGGCACGUGAAAGUCUUGAAUCCAACACUCGAGAUCGUUUAAGUGCUCUUCAAGGUCGAUUAAAUGAAGUAGUUGAUAAAUUAGCUAUCCAACUAACUGAUCAGUUUGAAGCCGGGGUUCGUUCACAUGCACGUGAAUGUGGUAAACUUUUACAGAAGUGUAGACCAUCGAAUAGCUCAGAUAACACAACUGGUCGUAGUGUCAGUAAAGAAGAUGAAGCAAACGAAUGCUUACAACCGCUAAUGGAUCAUUUUGAAAGUAUUUUAUCUAUACUAGCCAAUGUCUGUGAUAAAACUGUAUUGAAAAGAAUAUUAAAGCAAUUAUGGAGGAUAACAAUGUGUAAUUUAGAAAAACUUGUUGUACUGCCCGCAGUUACUGAUCAGAAACAGCUGGCUACGGGAUUGCUUUUAAGCUCAAAUACACCAGCGAAAUUAAUUGGCGGGGCACAAAGCUUAUUAAGUCAUGUUGGUAGUCAAGUUGUACAAGGGAAAAUUUUAUCUGAAACAACACGUGAACCUGAGAAAGGUCUUACACCAUAUCAAUGUGAAUUACUUGGCAUUUGCUUGAAUACAAUUCGUGUAUAUUUUCAUGCUGGUGGACGUGGUGUGAAACGUUCGUUUCUUGAUAGGAGUCCAGAACUACAUAGUUUACGACAAGUAUUAGCUCUAUAUUCUCAGGCUACAGAUGAAUUACUUCGAGAUUUCAUAGCUACACAAACUUCACAAGAUUAUCUGGCUAAUGAGGAGCCAGUUGGUUACUUAACACUUCAAGUAGAAAUUUUCAAGCAUCCUGGUACCGGUGAAUAUAAAGUAAAUGUGAAAAUUCAUACAGCUUCAGAUUUGAAUUGGUCUCUUGCCACUGGAAUGUUUAGGCCAUUUGUAGAAGUCUAUAUUUUUGGACCGUUAUUAUCUGAUCGUAAACGUAAAGCUGCUACAAAAUCGAAAUCAGUCACUACAAUGCCUAUUUAUCAUGAAACAUUUGUAUUGUAAGUAUCGAUUGUUUUCAUAUUUAAUUAGUCUUGAUAUUGCAUCUUAAAAUUAUUACAGUUAAAUGAUAUGCAUUAUUUCUUGUGUGUAUAUAUUGAUACUUGACUGCUUAAAGGUUUGAAAUAAAGUUAAGCUUAUUUGACUAAGUUAGUGAAGAUAAACUCAUUAUUAAGGUAGAAUGAAUACAUAUAGUAUGUCCGAUAAAUACUGGAGAUGAGGUCAUUUACAUUGGUAGUCUUCAUAGUCCUCUCUGUAACACAUGAACCAUAUCAAGAAAACAGUUAUUUUCAAUAUGUUAUUUAUAUAUAACGUAUAACUUAAAACACUAUAAUGUUAGUUGUUGAGAUGAUUCAAGGUAUUACGGGUAUAAAAUAAAAGAAUUAUAUAAGAACAUAAAGCUGAGUAGUUAAUAUUAUAAAAGUUACUGUCUUCAAGCAUAGAUUACAACCAGUUUACCUGCUACAUACAUAAAGUUCACAUCUCUUGGCGUGACUCGAUUUAUAUUGUUCAAGCAUUUAUCUGCAUUUAUGACUUAAUUGAUAGAAUGUGUGUAGUGCCAUUUGAAUUCCUUUUUACUGUACAUAUUUUUAUAUUUUAAUAUAUGUUUCCAUUUUGGUGGUGUUGUGUUCUUUGAACUAGAUAAUUUAAUUGUAGGGCUAUCAGUGUCAUUCUGGACAAUAAUUUCUGUACCUACUCAAUGUAAAAGUGAGUUUUUAGUUUUAUCCGAAAGCAUUGUGUCAGCUUAUUCUGAUGAUCUUAAAGUGGGUGUUAAAAAUAUUGUCCAAAAUACUAAUGAAAGCUUCACGAUUAAAUCUUCUACCUUGGAGAAUACAAUAUCACUAAAUACAUCCACGUAAGAUCAAAAUCUUACACCUAAUAUAUUUUGUAUUUUAUAUUUUCGUAUCAUUCACAGUUUCUUAUCUAAUCAAAGUGAUCCUGAAUGGUAUGAAUUACAUUUAUCUGUAAAAGAUUAUUGUUUUGGACGAACUGAUCGUCUUGUUGGUGUUACAGUAUUAUCAUUAUCUAGAGCAUUAAAUCUUGGUGCAACUCCAAUUCGACUUCCAUUAGGACGACGUUUACAUUUUACAGAAACUGGAUGGACAGUAUUACGUGUGCUUUCACAACGUGUUAAUACAGAUGAUGUAGCUAGAGAGUUUGUUCGUGCUAAAUCGGAAUAUCGUACACCUACUGACAAUGAUAAUACUGGAUCAUUAACACAACAAAAUGGAGAAUAAUAAAAAUUAUUUUAUUAAUAUAAUAUUUAAAAUAUAUCAUCAAUAUAUAUUUUUUCAUGAGCUAAAAUGGUCAUAAAUCAGGAACAAAUUUAUUUAUUUAUUAUUCACAAUAAUCCGCAGGGAGAAAGAGAAAGAGAGAGAGAGAGAGA